GUUCAACUCAAACCAGGAUUUUCAUCACAGGAUGAGACAUUCCACUUACUGAAUGUUCAUGGUGUUGACUGGAGUGGGCUCUGAAACACCUCAGCUGAGAUCAUCAUUCACAUAUGUAUGGCGUUGUAAGAACCAGAAGAAAGGAACCACGUGGGAUGAAGCUGGACAGCAACAGCGUCAGUGUUGCACAGUGAUUUCUUUAUGGGCACGCUGUCAGUGGUGAAGAAGGUUUUUUGCAGUUCUCGGGCAGUGCAGCUAUGGAUAUUGAGACGUCAGGAGAGAUUUUUGAUGAAGAUGUGGCGACUCAGUAUAUGAUAGAACAGAGCCUUCUGGGAAACAAUAAGCAGACUGAAUUUAAGGACAUCUUAUCUGCAGAUGGAUGCAGGAUAAUCCACACUAGUCCAGAAAGGGACAAAAUCUCCAGUGCCAUCAGACGAGGUGAUGAAGCCGAGCUUUGUAAGCUUGCAGUCCAUCAGCCAGCUUUCUCCGAGGAGGACAGUGCCGGCCAGAUUCCCUUACACGAGGCAGCAGUGCAGAGCAACCAGCACAUCCUGGAGAUCACUUUUAAAGCAUCCCCAACAGACGCUAAGUUUCGAAAAACUCAUGGGGGGAAGACAGCCCUUUUUUUAGCGGUGGAGAAAAGUCUGUUGGAAAAUGCUUCCUACCUUUUGGACAAUGGGAGCAGCGUGGAUUGCCAGGACAAUGAUGAAAAUUCAUCUCUUGUUGUUGCUAUAAAAAACAACCACUACGACAUGACAAAGCUCCUUCUUGGCUUCAGUGCCAACGUUAACCAAAAGCUGGCGAACGCCAGGACGGUUCUUCACGAAGCUGCUCGUAUGGGUCUGACAGACAUUGUAAAGCUGCUGCUGAAGUCUGGAGCUGAUCCUGAUCCUAGGAGCACAUACGGCCUCACGCCUCUGGCUCUGGCGGCACAAGGUGGCUACUUGGAGAUAGUGCAGGAACUCCUACGCCGAGGGGCUGAUGUGGAUUCUCAAGCUCAAGACUGGGCCACUAUCCUCUAUGAAGCUUCUGCGUCCGGGAAUCCUGAUGUCAUCUCUCUGCUGCUGGAGUACGGUGCUGAUGCUAAUAUACCCAGACACACUGGGCACCUGCCGAUCCACAGGGUGGCCCAUCGCGGAUAUGUGAAAGCUCUGGCUCUCCUGAUCCCUGUGACCACAUAUGAGGCGGUGGACGGGAGCGGCAUGAGCCCACUGCACUCGGCAGCAGCCGGCGGACAAACGCAGUGUCUAGACAUGCUCCUGAAAGCCGGCUACGACCCCAACUUCAUGCUUCACCCCUGGGUGAGGCGCAAUUAUGACGACCAGCGCAGGUCCGUCCUGUACUUCGCAGUAACCAAUGAAGAUAUCUUUUCCACCAAGAUGCUCCUAGAGGCUGGCGCGAUGCCCAACCAGGACCCGGUGAAGUGCUUGCAGGUGGCCUUGCGUCUAGGCAACUACCAGCUGAUCGAUAUCUUGCUGAGGUAUGGCGCCAACGUCAACUACUUCUGCAGGGUGAACACCACGCACUUCCCUUCAGCUCUGCAAUACGCCCUGAAGGAUGAAAUUCUGCUGAGGAUGCUCUUUAACUACGGCUACGACGUUGAGCGUUGCUUUGACUGUCCGUACGGAGACAGAGCUCACGUGCCUGAUGAUUACGAGGGCUGGAGCAAUACUGUCAUCAAAGAUACCACGUUCUGCGAGGUGAUCACUGUCGAUUGGCUGAGGCAUCUCUCCGGGAGUGUGGUGCGCAUCAUGCUAGACUACGUUGACCAUGUCAGGUUUUGCUGCAAAAUAAAGGCAGCUCUGAUGGAGCAAAAAGAGUGGCCGGAAAUCUGCAGAAUUCAAGAAAACACACGCUGCUUAAAGCACCUGUGCCGACUGAGGAUCAGGAGAUGUUUGGGACGUCUGCGCCUCAGAGCCCCGGUCUUCAUGAGCUUCCUGCCUCUGCCAAACCGCUUGAAGGAGUACAUCUUAUACAAAGAGUAUGAUCUUUACAGGCAGACGUGCCAGUCUAAAUAGAAAAAUGUCAGACUGUGAUUCAGAGAACUGAUUGUGUGAAUAUUGCUGUUGAAAUAAGUGACAUAUUGUAGACGUGUUAAAAUGUGUUUGAAUGUUUAAUGGUCAGUCAGCAUUUUUUUAUGUUUUAAUUUAUGAGUUUUGUAAAGGUAAACCUUAGGUUUGUAGAAAUACAGUACAGUAUAAUGGAUUAGGAAAAUAAAUAUCCAGUGAGUAUUUGUAUGUUUUCCUGUAGAUGAGCUCGGAAUUUUUUUUU